AUGGCUGGAAUAGAAAACGCCAUUGAAGUGGAAACAGUUGAUGAAAACGCCAAUGAAGUUGAAAAUGAAGGAGAAAGAGAAGGAAAAGGGGAAGGAGAAGGAAAAGGGGAAGGAGAAGGAAAAGGAGAAGGGGAAGGGGAUGGAGAAGGAGAAGGAGAAGGGGAAGGAGAAGGAGAAGGGGAUACAGGAGUAGAAAGAGAAAGGGAUAUGACCGGAGAACAAAACGUCGAACCCUCAACUACUACAACAGCCCCCAUAUAUGAUGAUGAGGAUACUAUAUUAUCAGAUGAAGAUAUAAACGAAAACGAUAUUAAGAGAUGGAAUUGUAAUUUCAAGACACUUGAAUAUCACAUUUCCAUAUACAAUGGGGAAAAAUAA